AUUCGUCUUAAAAUGUAAUUAUUUAUGUAUUUAUUGAUGCUGUUAAAUAACUAAAUAUUAUCCGUUAAAUUUUAAACGGCUAUGAAACGCCUUUUUCUCGCUGUAGCGGUCACUAAACAAGCGGAACCUCUCCGUUUUUUUCUCCCUUUCUCGGUUGAGUCAGAAUGAAGUAGUUUCCGGGCGACACAGGGUACCAGCAGUAAACAUGGCGGAGGAACUGCUGGAAACAGUGGAUAGGCUUCAGUCUCGGCUCCUGGAGAAUCCGGAGCCUCGAAAGCUUCUAAAGACUUUUAAAAGACUGGGGGAACUUCCUAUGACUGUGGACAUACUGGUGGAAACUGGAGUCGGGAAGACUGUGAAUUCUUUUAGGAAACAUCAGCUGGCUGGAGAGGUGGCAAAAAGCCUCGUAGCCAAAUGGAAAAAACUUGUUCCACAGUCUGCAGACAGACCCACCAACAGCCACGACAAAGAGGCACCACGGUCGCACACACACCCUCGAGGCCCAGAGGCAGGAGUAGGUGGAGGAGGGCAAAGACGCACCCGGGAGCCCUCCCCUGAGGAAGAGCCCUCCUUCAUGGAGGAGGAGGAGGAGGAGGAGGAGGAGGAGAAAGCCUAUCGCACAAACUUCUCACCCUCACCUCCUCAACACAAGCAGUACAGCCCCCCACAGCGAGGAGGCUACCAGUCGGACGAGUACGAGAGUCCUGAGCCUGACCUGGAACCUGAGCCUGAGCCCAGUCCUCCUCGCAAAGAGGUCCGCCACACCAAACCAAACAAAGAACCCAACAAAAACCACCACCACGGUGACAAAAACAGGGACAGAGACGAGGAGCGGCGGCAACGCCAUGCACAGAUGAGUAGCGAUGGAGGAGGAAGGGAAGACGGUGAAGGGAAGAAACGCAGCGCAGACAGAGAGAGACAGCAGAGUCCAAUACUGAAGUCUACGAAGCACAGCAAGAAGUCCACCACACAUGAGAGUAAGAGGGAGGAAAAGAAGAAAGGAGGCGAUGAUGGGCGACCGCGGGUGCCAAAGGACUCUCCACCCAAAGAGGAGGAAGAGGACUUUGAGACUCCCACCAUGUCCUUUGAGUCUUUCCUCACAUAUGACGCCCCAACACCUGUCAAGAAGAAGAAGAAGCCAUCGUCGUCAUCAUCAUCCUCGUCACACAGUCGACCGCCUCACUCUUCUUCGUCCACGUCGUCCUCCCAUCGUUCACGCACCCCUCCGCCUGCCCCCUCAUCCUCCUCUUCCUCCUCCAAAGGGAGCAAGGCUAACGGCACUCAGAGCACCAAGAGGCCACACUCAGGCUCCAGUUCGGCAACGCCGGAAAAACGCAAGAAGGGGGUUGAGGCCGUUGCGACUAUUCCUGAAAUCCCGCUGCCAGCGAUUCAACCGUAUUACAGACCUCUGCCCUCCAUCGAUGUCACUCCGCUGUCCCCUCAGAGGCGGAAAGUUCCUGUCUGCAACGACGAAGAGGAUUCCGGGUUCACAGGGAAGCGAUUCAACUCUAAGAUGGUGGUCUACUCGGGAUCAAAGACCGCCUACUUGCCCAGGAUGAUGACUCUGUACGAGCAGUGCAUCCGUGUGCUGCAGAACAACAUCGACUCCAUCGCUGAAGUUGGAGGAGUGCCGUUCGAGAUCCUGGAGCCGGUGCUGGAGCGAUGUACACCCGAACAGCUGUACCGCAUUGAGCAAAGCAACCACUGGUUUACGGAGGAUUCUGACGAACUGUGGAUGCGUCACUGUCAGAGGGACUUUAAGCGCGAGUCUCCUCAGGAGUACGAGUCGUGGAGGGAGAUGUAUCUGAGGCUGCACGACGAGCGCGAGGAGCGACUGAGGAUGCUCACCCAGAACAUCUCCUCCGCCCACGCCAACAAGCCGAAAGGUCGGCAGGUUAAGAUGGCGUUUGUGAAUUCUGUCGCCAAGCCGCCACGUGACGUCCGCCGCCGACAGGAGAAGUUCGGCACCAUCAGUGGUUCGUCGGCCACGUCCACCGCAGCUGCAGCUCCCAUCAAAAUAAGACCAGCUACAAAUUACUCUGGUGAAUCGAGCCACUCCUUUUCCUCCCAACUUAACCCUUCUCCCAGCUCUUCUCGCUCCUCAGCACCAGGAGGAGGAGGAGGAGGAGGAGUUGGAGGAGGAGGAGGAGGAGGAGGAGGAGGACCUGCAGCCCGGGAUAAGCCACAGGUCAAAAAAAUCGCCCCCAUGAUGGCCAAAACUAUCAAAGCUUUCAAGAACAGAUUCUCCCGCCGAUAGUGUGAAAGAGUCUGAAUGUAUUUUAUGAAUUCCAACUGUAUUUUUAAUUUAAGUAUAGAAAAGUUUUACUGGAGAUUCCUUGAUCCACACACACACACACACACACACACACACACACACACACACACACACACACACACACACACACACAAACACAAACACUUUUUACCCACCAAACAUAUCAUGGAUAUAGGAAAGUUUAAGUACUGGUGGAUGAAUGGUUGAUUUUUAAUUUCCCUCUUUAUUUAAAUAGUGGCAUCUGUUUUUAGGGUUCUUUGAAAAGUAUUUAAAUCAUUAAUAACGGAAGGGGUGUGACGUCUGUGAAAGUUGUGAAAAUUAUGAAAUUGAAGUCCCCAACUUUUUACAAGAUGCAAAGGAGACACACCUUCAAACACACAGUCUGCUAUUUUUCUUGUUUUCUAGAAGCCAUUUUAAAAGGAAUAGUUUGAGACUUUUGGUGAAAAAACAACUCUUUGUUGCUUUCUUACAGAGAGGUCGACAAGAAGACUGAAACCACGCUCACGUCUGUACGCUAAAUAUGAAGCUCAAACCAGGAGCCGGUUAGCUUAGCAUAAAGAUUGCUAGCAGGGGAAACGGCUAGCCUGGCUCUGUCCAAUUGUAACAUAAUCUGCCUACCUCGCAGCACCUUUAAAGGUCACUAACACGUUGUGUCUUGUUUGUUUACACCGUAAAAUCAUGGCUUAAAAUUGUAUGUAAAAAAAAAAAAACAAUUCAUAGUUUUCUGGUGGGGUAAUGUGCCAAACUACAAUUUGGCCAGGAUCAGUUUCCAGGCAACCAGUGUUACUGGUCAGAACCUGGAGAAGAUUUAGCAGGUAUCCCCCUAUGAAACACAGAAUUGUUGUUUUUACAAAGAAACUACACACUUUUAACUGUGUCACAACAGGUUAAUGAAUGAUAUGUGCUGGUAGGUGGAUUCUGCUCCCAUGCUAGCCGUUCUCCUGUUUCCAGUCUUUAUGCUGAGCUAAGUUAGCCGGCUACUGGCUGUAGCUUUAUAGUUAGCGUACAGACACAAGAGUAGCAUACAGCUUCUCAUCUAACUCCUAGUAAAAAAACAUACUUUGUUUACUAAAAUAUAAAACCUUUCCUUCACGGUACAGUAAAGUUACUUACUAUUAUUAUUUUACUUUUUAAGAGUAGUUGUUUGUUACGUUUCAUUAGAUCAACUUAUACACUACAUGAAAAACACACACUUUUUAUUUAAUGGCAUGCAAGGUGCAUGUCAGCCGAGACAUCAACAGGCUGGUUAAAGACGGCUUUUUUAAAAACAAGCACAUGCUUGAUUUAAACGUUGCAUUUUUAAAAAUAUGUAGUUUGAAAAUCAUGUCCGUGGAGAGAAAACACACACACACACACACACACACACAAUGUAAAGUUAUUUUAACCAUCCUGUGGCUUCAGAUCAUGAUUCCCUGCUGUUAAAUGUGUUUGUCCCUGUUAAAAUCUGCUUCACUGUGAGAAAUAGCUAGAGUGAAUGCUGAAGAGACUGUAGGAAGAGAAGAGGAAGAACAGGGAAACACAACAAUAAGGAAGGAAGUUAAUAGGACGUCUGCAGCUUCAGUCUACAACAAUGAUGAGAUGUAUUUAUUUUCAACACUGGGACCUGGCACCCCACAUCAUGGGCCUGAAAGGAAGUAGCUUAAAAAUUGUAAUUUUAGUAGAUUUUAAUAAAUGUUAUAUGGUCAUUUUUAUUAAAAUUGACGUUUUGCCCUUACAAACUGUGUGCAGAAACCUUUGUGUGGUGGCGUUUCAUCAAGCAACACAAACAUCCUCUGUGCUUUUUCAUGAUCUUCUUUUCCUCUUUAAAUGACUAAACAGUUUUAGAAAAUCUGCAGAGGAGGUACAAUAAUAUGGAAAAACUCACAUCUAGAGAAUGUCCUGAAUAAAGAGGUAUUUGUAUAUUGUUACAUAUGUUAUCCUUAAAUCAUGUGUUGUGGCAUUUGUUCCCAAUUAAACCUGCAUUUUGUGUU